AUGGCAUCUAUGACAGCCGAAGAGCUGCGUGCUGAGAUCGUGGCCACCAACAUCCAAGUGCAAGCCGAAAAAGACAGAGCAACUCAACUCCUGGCCGAGUCAAAGCAGGCCGACGAGCGCCAGAGGCUGCGACGAGAGCUGGGCGCGCGUAGGGCAGACCUAGCAUCGCAGCGGGAAGACAACCACCUCGAGGCGGAAUACCGACGGGUUGUGGAUGCAGACCGUGCAGGAGACCAUCUCCCAGGCAGUGUGUCGCAGGCUUCCAUGGCGGCGAAAGCCUGCGUAUCCUCAGCUCGCGGUGAAGAAUGCAUGUGUUUUGGGCACUCCGUCGCGAAGGGUGAAUAUCUUUGGAAGCUUCAGCAGAUGUCUUGGCUCCACACUGCUCUCCGCCAGCGCGGACACACGCAGGUGUAUUCCGAUGACUUCCAAGUGGGCAUCUACAUCUUUGACUUUGUGUACAAUCUCUGGGGAUCCGAUCUUGGCAACGCCACGCAGAACGGCUCCCUUGCCAUAAGAGUGCGUGCGAAAGACGCGGUGGCGAUUCGCCACAGCAUCUACGUUAAGAAGCGCGGCGGGGACUUUGUACAGUGGGGCACGACGUGCGAUGAAAUCCAUGAUCCGCUUCUGGAUACAAUUUCAGGGGAGAAAUUCUACGGCCCAGAUGUGCACUUGACGGACGGCUUAGAGCCGGCUCAAGUCGGCGUCUUUGGUCUGGCACACAAGCAGCUGUUGCAGUCGGAGUGGGUCGAGGAUGACGCUUUGACUGUGAAGUUUGUGCUGGAAGUCCUUACUGAUGACGGCGAAGAUUUCGCUCGAGCCGUGGAAGCGAAGCCCGUGGAGGUUCCCCAAGGCACCAUCGUCCGGGACAUGCAGGCUCUACUGGAGAAGGGCACAUGCAGUGAUGUAGAGUUCAGGGUACAGGGCGAAGUGAUCCACGCCCACUCGGCCAUACUCUGCACCAGGUCUGAAGUCUUUGAGAAACAGCUCAGUUCUGGCAUGCAGGAGUCGAUGUCCAAGGUGGUCACGAUCGAGGACUCCGACGUCACCACCUUUAAGGCCUUCCUGCGCUACCUCUACACCGACAGCCUCCCCACCGUUGAGGAGCUUGCGGUUGAGCCUCCGGGCGCACCUGCCAAGGACGGAGUGAGUCGGCAGCUGUCGCGCGUGCAGGACUUGUGGGCCAUGAGUCACAAGUACCAGGUGACAAGACUUCAGCGCUGGUGCGAGGCUCAGCUUUGCCAGCAGCUCAAUGCGUCGGAUGUGUGCAGCGUCCUUUGCCAGGCGCAUAUCUUCGAGGCCAAGCAGCUCGAGAAGGCGUGCCUGUCCUUCAUCACAGAGCACACAGCGGAGGUGCUCCGGCUUCCCGCCUACUCCGACCUCAUCACUAAGUGGCCCGAGAUCGCGAUCAAGGUUCACCUCUUCUCAGCCGGUCUUCCAGAUACCGAGGCAGCCGCCAUUGUGCAGGCCUCCAAAGUACGGAGGCUGGAGAAUGGGAAGGAGACGACCUCCUAG